UAACUUACAAAGUGGUCUUCCUGCUUGGUUGCCCCAUGUACGUUUCCACCUCCCAGGAAGACUUCAAAAGCAUCGCCAAGUCACCGCUCGUCAACUAUAUCAAUCAUCAUUCCCUGCCCCUCCCCAUUUGCUUUCUCGAUUCCCAUCCAAAAAAAGCGAUCAUUGAAGUGCCUUUCUUCGCUUGUGCCGUAGGGACACUCCGUGGGAGGAGAAAAGGUGCCACCUUUGUCGCUUUGAAGAAUUCCGCUCAUUAUUCUACACCGAAGGCAUCGAUUAAUGGCGAUUCGGAUGCAGCAACAAACUCAAGUACACAAAUUCGGCAACCGGGAAACUGCUGAAAGUGUCCUUUAUAGACAACACUUCAAUCAAACCCAGGGGGCAAAAGGCAGGAAAAUUACCACCAAUUUAAAUGAUGGUAAUGAAAACUCCGAGACAACCGCUAAAGAUAUACCACCACCAGCAAAUGCAGCUCCAUUUACACCCGAGGCCGCCAAACCUAGGGAUGCAAAGCCAAUUCAUCGAACUGAUACACCUUCUGUACAUGACAAAGGUGUCAUUUGUAAAUCCCCAAUAAACCCACGCGAUCAACAGCAUGUGGCCCGAGCAAAUUAUGGUGACAACCAGAAGAAACCAAACAGAAGCCAUGGUAGAUAUCAGGGUAAACCUGCUGCUGAAAGAACUGCAAAUGAUGCUCCUCCAUCAGACAAAAGGAUAGCACCAGAAGAUACUCCAGGAAGAGUUAGAACAAAUCCCAGUGAUCGAGCCUAUGGAACCCCUCACCAUGAUGUCACGGUGCCACCUUUUGCUGGAUGGGAUGAGAACGAUCCAGCCUCUGGCGAGAAGUAUACUGGCAUCUUCAACAUAAUAGCUGAUAAUCGAAGAAACCCUGGUACUCCAUAUAACCCACCAACGCCAAGCAGUCAGAAGCAAGAAAGCAACAAAACUAAGGGCUGUGGGUGCCUAAGCUGGAUUAUGAAGUGAAAGCUUCUGUGGUAGAGAGUCUAGGAGAUGUAUGCCUGCCAAAUCCUGUUUAUCGGAGCUCUGUUUCUCAAAGUGUGUGUGUCUUUUCAUUUCUUUACACAAUGGGCAUUAAACUCUUUUUUCUUUUAUCUUGAUUAGUAUCUUGAAGAAUGCCA